AUGGCUGCCCCCCUAUACGUCACCCAGUCAGGACGCCUGUGGCAUGCUGGUCUCAUCUUGAUCGUCACCGUCGGUCUGCCAGGCAAGUCCCGUGGUAAGACUCACAUCUCGAGGGCCCUCGAGCGUUACCUCAGGUGGCUCGGUGUCAAGACUCGUGUCUAUUCCAUUGGCGACUACCGACGAAAGGUGCUCGGCGGUGCGGAGAAUGUCCCGCAUGACUACUUUCAGACCAAAUCGCCAAGAUCAGAGGGCACGAAUGCUUUACGGCGGCGUAUCAGAACAGAGCUCGAGGACCAAAUCAUGGAUUUCUACACCGUCCAAGGCGGCCAAGUCGUCAUCUACGACGCCAACAAUGGCAGUAUCGCCGAGAGAAAGGCCACCUAUCAAAAGUUUGAGAGCAAGGGUGUACAUGUCAUCUUCCUCGAGAGUCUUUGCGACCGAGACGAUAUCAUUACUUCCAAUAUUCGGAGCGUCAAGCUUUCCUCUCCCGACUAUGCAGGUUGGGACGCCGAAAAGGCUGUUGCCGAUUACUGGGAGCGAAUCAGGGAUCAAGCCGCCUACUAUGACACCGUCACGGAAAGCGAGGGGCCGUAUAUCAAGGUCAUGAAUGUCGGAGAGAGGAUUGACGUUAAUCGUAUUGAAGGCUAUUUACAAACGAGAUGUUGUUUCUUCUUGAUGAACAUUCAUACCAGACCUCGAAACAUCUACUUUGCGCGAUCGGGACAAUCCUUCAUCGAGCACUCCUACAAGGCUGAUUCCGACCUGUCGCCUGCAGGAUGGGAGUAUGCUGAGCGUCUCAAAGCGGCUGUCAUUGCUCGACGAAAGGCGCUCCGGGAAGAGAGAAAGUCCAAGGGCGAAACAGUGGGUGAAGAGAACCCUUUGCUGAUUUGGACGUCAGCCCGUCGACGUGCCUACCACACUGCCUGGCCAUUCGUCCAGCAAGGGUACAAGGUCGUCCAGAAACCCAUCAUGUCGGAGAUCAAUCCCGGUGUCUGGGACGGUCUUUCUACGCAGGAGGCCAUGGACUCUUACCCCGAUGAAUGGCAGAGGUUUUUGGCUGAUCCGUAUGCUCAUCGAGCGCCCAGAGCGGAGAGCUACCACGAUCUGAGUGUCAGACUGGAGAGUGUCAUCUUUGAGUUGGAGAGAUGCCAGGAUGACUUGCUCAUCAUCGGGCACGCUUCCGUCAUUCGAUGUCUGCUGGCCUACCUUGUCGGGCUCCCCCCCAACGAAGUCCCCGCCGUUGAAAUUGCGCGCGGUGACCUAGUCGAAAUCACCCCGGCCUCAUACGGUGUCAUCUCCCAAGCCUGGCACUUUUGGUCGGGCGAAGGCCGAGGCAACAUCUAUGGCGAAAACCUGUACGAAAACUUUGCCGAAUCCACUUCCGGUAAAGGCUCCGUCUUGCCUGACAGUGGCGUCAACUUUGCCGCAGACGCUUUGAACAUGGAGAAGGAGGCGGUGGAAGAAGAGGAGAAGGAAAAGGAAAAGGAGCAGGGCAAGGUCGCGGAGGUAGCGGCUGCAUUGGGCCAGGUAGCAGCGCAGGCUGGCAACAAUGGGGGUGGAGUUGGUCAGGGUGCUAGAGGUCCUGGAAGGGCGUUGAGGAGGUGGGGGUCGGAGAAGGGACGAGGCAGGGGGCUUCCCGGGGUCAGUGAGAUGAGCGAGAUUGAGGGUGAAGAGCAGAAGAGGGACGAUGCGGCUGUGUCUGACAAUGAAGGUCAGGAAGGUGGUGCCAAGCGUGGACGAGCCAUGAGUUUGUUGGAGAUCUAG